AGAACGUCUAACCCCCCCAUUGUGGCACUUUUGUUGUUCCCGCCCCCCAAACUGCUGCUCUGUCUGUAUAAAUCUGCCAGUCCAAGUUUCCUCACUUAGACUGUGAGGAUUUUGGAGGAGUUGCAGGUGGAAAUGUCUCAGUACUCAGGAAAGAUCGUCCUCUACGAGGGCAAAUGCUUCACGGGGAGGAAACUGGAGCUCUGCAGCGAAUGCGACAACUUCCAGGACCGCGGGUUCAUGAACAGGGUGAACUCUGUUCGCGUGGAGAGCGGCGCCUUCGUCUGCUUUGACCACCCAGACUUCAAGGGUCAACAGUACAUCCUGGAGCACGGAGAGUACCCCGAAUUCCAGCGCUGGAAUUCCCACAAUGAUCACAUGGGCUCCUGCAGACCAAUCAGGAUGCACGGACAGCACUACCGGCUGGAGCUGUAUGAGGGGGACCAGUUCAGCGGUCAGUGUGUGGAGCUAAGCGACGACUGUCCGUUUCUGCAGGCCAGAGGUCUGACCAAAACCUGCAUCAACUCCCUCAGGGUUUAUGGAGAUGGAGCGUGGGUGUUGUACGAGGAACCAAACUACCGCGGUCGGAUGUACGUGGUUGAGCGAGGAGACUUCUGCUCGCCUCUGGACUGGCAGGCGGAGAAUCCCAACAUCCAGUCUGUGCGCAGGGUGGCUAACUACUUCUGAAGCUAGCUCCCAUCCGCCUCUGACAGCUGACAAUAAAGAUGAAGCAAAUGUCA